AUGCAAUGUCUACCAUCCUAUUUCAUUCAUUAUAAAUAUUUUCAUUUUUGUUUAAUUCCAAUUUCCAGUCAUUUAAACGUUUGCCCAAAUAAUAAAACUGUUAUAUACAAUAAUAAUAAUAAUGAAUUAAACAAAUGUUAUGCAUUACAAUUGAAUUUAGCUAAACAACGUCAUAUUAUUAGAUUAAUUAAACGUGAUCAAUUUACAAUGAAUUUACAAUUAGCUUGUCAUUUAUGUUCAAAUGAUAAUCCAAUACAUUUUCAAUGGUAUCGUAUUCUACGUAAAACAUAUAAUCAAACAAUAUUUCAUUUAAGUAAUAAAACAUUCUAUGAUCAUAAAUGGAUAUUGAAUAGAGAUUUACUUGAACCAGUUCUAACUAAUACACUCAUAAAUGAUCCAUAUUAUAUUAAUGCUUAUACAAAUACAUGGUCUAGAUUAAAUUUACCAUUUAUAGAACGAAUGAAUAAAUCUGUAACUACAUAUAAUCAAUUAAUACAAUUACAAAAAUAUAUUGAAGAAGAACUUAAUCGGCCGGAAUAUUUUCAUGAUCAAACAUUCAGUUUACUACGUAUUACAUCAAAAUCAUUUCAUCAUUUGACACACUACAAAUAUUGUGGUAAUAUCCAUGUCCAACAAAAUCGUGUUUGUUAUGUACAGAUACCAUGA